AUGGCGUUCGGCAAAGACUCCAUCAUCUACCUCAUCUCUACCAUUCUCUGUACCCUCACCUUGGCGGCGAGUGGCAACGCCCUCCGCCAGCGUAAUAUCAACGUAGGCAAUCAGACAGCUACGGCGGCUGCGACCGGUGUGCGUCUUGAGAUCAACACCGAUGACUUGACCAACGCUGGAUGGGCGUUGGGCGUGGGAGCCGGUGGAGCAGCAGUCGGCUCUCUCAUCCUCUUCCUCUACUCGCUCCACCUUCGCCCCGUUGACCGCUUCUCCCGCAAGGUCUUCUUCCUCAGCCCCUUGAUGCUCACCCUCAACACCCUCCUCAUGUUCGCCUCAGCCAUCCCCGUUACCAUCUUCGGUCGGACCAGGGAGGCCGGUGUCAAGGGGUUCAUUGGCAACACUCAGCUACCUGAUGCUGUCAUCAAAGGCGCGAGCACCAUUCCCGCCGAGUACUGGCAGAAUGCCUACGUCAAGUUCAUGGUCAUUGCUGCUUGGCCUGAGCUCCCUUUCGCCAUUCUUUCUUGCUUCCUCGCGUACAGGGCGUGGCGCAAGGAACGGCCCUCUGCUCAGCACCACCACACCGACACUGUUCACCCCGUCAUUAGUCACAAUGAGGAGAAGACUCAAGAUAUUCGACACGCAGAACGAAUGUAG